AUGCUCUCAAACUCCUAUCUCAUCCAUGCAAACAACCAAGAACGUACGGUCCGGAAUAAGCCACUCUCCGGCCAACUCAACCAGCGGAAAUUUCCCUUCCCUCUCGUCCUCUGGGCAAUGUCUUUGGCGGAGUACGACCCGGCACCGGUCGCGCCGCCGUACAACACCCCACCAGCGCUGAUUGCCUUUGCUCUGGGUGUGUUGGUGGUGUGCUUCGUGACAUUCAGCAUCGUGUACUUGUGCAAGUACUGUUUCACGAGCAUGAUCCAGACGUGGGCCUUCCAACGCACCGCUUCGGGUUCCAUCAUUCGUCUCACGCCGCACAGAUCGCCUCCGAGAGGCAUUGACCCUGCGCUGCUGCAAUUGUUCCCGACGUUCCCCUACUCCUCCGUGAAGGACCUCCGGAAGGAUCAGAGGUACAGUCUGGAAUGCGCUAUCUGUUUGGUGGAGUUCGAGGACGACAGCAUGCUUCGCUUCUUGACCCUCUGCUGCCAUGUCUUCCACCAGGACUGCAUCGAUCUCUGGCUCCGCUCCCACAAAACUUGCCCCGUUUGCCGCCGAGACCUUGAAUCUUGCCCCGACGAAACGCUCAAACCUGUCGACGUUGUCGUUUCCUCAACCAGCGUUCUCAGUUUUGUGAGUCUACCCCAAGUUGACAAUUGGAUUUCAUCCAUGGAUCCUACUCUGCCUAAUCCCUCCUUCAACCCCAACAAGUAUCUCAAAGAACAAUUUGUCAGCAACUUGAGCGGAUCCUCAAUGCCCGAAAUCGUGGCACUUACAGUGAUUAUUCCGGUUCUGAUUCUUAUUCGUCACUCCAUCUCCUCCGUUUCCAUUACCGGUGCCUCCCUGAAGAAGAAAAAUGAUGAUGCACCUUCCAGUAAAAAGAAUUUCAAAUCAUACUUAGCCACAUUGUCUCUGGACUUUCUUGUUAUUGUCGUUCCUAUGCUCUUAUUUUUCACUGUACUAGCAAACUGGACCUAUGUCUUCGCAUGUUUGUUCGCUAUCUUAACACUACUAUAUAUUGCAACCAAGAGGUCUGGUGGUUCAUCUUCUUUUGAAGGAGAGCCCACUUCUCUUCGGGCAUAUGUUACUUCAUACAGGGUUCUUGUGAUGAUUAUAACAUUCUUGUGCAUCUUGGCUGUUGACUUCAAAAUAUUUCCUAGAAGAUAUGCAAAGACUGAAACUUAUGGAACGAGUUUGAUGGAUCUUGGAGUUGGAGCAUUUGUCUUAGCAAAUUCACUAGUUUCUCGGCAAGCACGGAAUAUGGGAUCAGUAAGCUGGAAGACUGCAAUAGCUUCAACUAGUCCACUGAUCAUCUUAGGAUUUCUUCGUCUUGCUACAACGACUGGUGUGGAUUAUCAGGUGCAUGUUGGUGAAUAUGGUGUGCAUUGGAAUUUCUUCUUCACACUUGCUGCUGUGUCAAUCCUUACUUCCUUUAUUAAUAUUGCUCCUCAAUAUUGUGGAAUUAUUGGUUCACUUGUUCUAGUAGGGUACCAGUUCUGCUUGGUGCAAGGUUUAAAUCUUUAUUUGCUUUCUAACGAAAGAGGAAUGGAUAUAUUAAGUCAAAACAAGGAAGGAAUUUUUAGUAUAUUUGGAUACUGGGGUAUGUACCUUCUUGGCGUUCAUCUAGGAAACUCUCUUAUCUUUGGAAGCCAUUCUUCUGGAUUUAGAAGUAGCAGAUGGGUGCGGAUGAGAGUUUGGGUUCUCUCUAUCCUGUUUUGGUUAUUAACCGUGCUACUGGAUAGGCAUGUUGAAAGAGUUUCACGGAGAACAUGCAACCUUCCAUAUGUUACUAUGGUAUUGGCGGACAAUCUCCAGCUGUUAUCAAUUCUAAUGCUGGCUGAUCUUGUUCCUGGAAGGAAAACUUCAAUACUUGAAGAAGCAUUCAAUAGGAACUUACUGGCUACAUUUCUAUUGGCAAAUAUUCUCACGGGGUUGGUAAACUUGUCUGUUGAUACCCUGUCCGCGUCAUCAAUCACAGCCCUUGUUAUCUUGUUUGUCUAUGCUUAUAUUUUAUCAAUUGUAAUUGGUAUUGUAGAUUAUUUUGGUAUUAGAUUAAAAUUUUGGUGA